UGAACUCGUUUCUUCUGAGUGGCCAGUUGUCUUGAACGCCAUGAAGUCGGAGAUUUCCGAGUUCCCCGUUGUUUUGAACUCUGCUUACGCUAGCUUCAUCAGUCAGGCUUUCUGGUUGCUAAUCUACCCAACCUCGUUUGUGAGUGGUAUGGUUUGUAUGUCGAAGUGAAAGAAUGUGCAUCGUUAAUUGUAUUAGCUAGCUAACGGUAAAGCAAAAUAAAUUGCCUAACAAGUUAUCUAACCCAAUGACGUGGUGAAUAACUGCUCUAGUCGUGAAGAUGGCUAGUUUCGUCGGUUAGAGUAAGAUUUGAAUCCGAAUUUGAUUUUGUCUAAAGCUACCAGUGUCUUCCAACUCGUGACUUGAACACAUUGAGAUGUUAAUGCCUGGUCGAAAUUGGAGGACAAUGAGCUAAAUAGCUGUUGUGCAGCUGUUACAACCUGUGUGGGGGAAACCUAGUCUACGAGCAAGGAGCUUGUGGCCACUGUGGCAAAAUCUUUUUCAUGUCAGAGACUGAGCACGCUUGCAGUCGUUUAUGUCAUCCCCUAUUUUCCAAACAGAAGAUCCCGAAAAAUCCCCUUUCAAGAUAUUUUCAUCUUACUGAUAGUGCCAGUAGCCAGCCAAAAUGUCUGUUAAUGUCAACCGCAGCGUGGCAGACCAGUUCUAUCGCUACAAGAUGCCCCGUCUGAUUGCUAAGGUGAUUAUCUGGUGUAGUAUGAUCCUUUUUUGUGGUCUGAUUUGUGUCCAGGUUGAGGGCAAAGGAAAUGGAAUCAAGACUGUCAUUGUCAACAUGACUGAUGUUGCAAAGGCACUGAGUAGGCCUCCAACAUAUCCAACCAAGUUUUUUGGUUGUGAGCUUGGUGCGCAGACACAGUUUGAUGCAAAGAAUGACCGCUUCAUCGUCAACGGAUCCCAUGAGGCGAACAAGUUGCAGGACAUGCUAGAUGUAUUUAUCCGGAAAUUUGUGCUGUGUCCUGAGUGUGAUAACCCUGAAACCGAUCUGCAUAUAAAUCCUAAGAAACAAACAAUCGGUAACUCCUGUAAGGCAUGUGGGUACCGUGGCAUGCUAGACACACGACACAAGCUCUGCACAUUCAUCCUCAAAAACCCACCAGAAAAUGAACCUGGGUCUGUGGAGAAGAAGAAAGAUAAGAAGAACCGUAAGAAGGACAAGGAGAAUGGCUCUGGCAGCGGAGAGGCUGGGAACCAUAACGACAUAGAUGCCCCUGAUGCCGUGGACGGUGAUGAUGAUGACGAGGAUUGGGCAGAGGAGACCACAGAGGAGGCACAGAGACGGAGGAUGGAGGAGAUCAGCUCCCAUGCGAAGAACCUGACACUCAGUGAGGAUCUGGAGAAGACCCUGGAGGAGAGGGUGAACAUAUUCUAUAACUUUGUCAAACAAAAAAGGGAGGACUGCACUGUUGACGCAGCAGAUAAGGAGAUCUUGGCAGAGGCAGAGCGUCUGGAUGUGACGGCCAUGGGACCGCUGAUUCUAAGCGAACUACUGUUUGACGAAAACAUCCGUGACCAGAUCAAGAAAUACAAACGGCAUUUCCUUCGCUUCUGUGUGAAUAACAAGAAGGCCCAGAAGUACCUCCUGGGAGGCUUUGAGUGCUUGGUGAAGCUGCACCAAGCCCAGCUGCUGCCCCGUGUGCCUGUCGUGCUCAAAGACCUGUAUGAUGCUGAUCUAGUGGAGGAGGAUGUCAUACUGUCCUGGGCAGAGAAGGUGUCCAAGAAGUAUGUCUCUAAGGAACUUGCCAAAGAGAUCCAUGCGAAGGCGUCUCCUUUCAUCAGGUGGUUGAAGGAGGCGGAGGAAGAGAGUGAGGGCAGUGAGGUAGAGGAGGAGGAGGAGGAUGAUGAAAAUGUGGAGGUUGUAUAUGAUUCUUCUGCUCGGGAACUGAAAGUGGAGACCGUAAAACUGAACAAGCCUGACGAGGAAGAGGACGACUUUGAUAUUGAUGCAAUUUAAACAAGGAUGUCAUUUUUGAGAAGCUGUAGCUUUGAAUCACAUUUUCUCAUCUUGUCAAAUCACCAGCCCUCCUUUCCUUUUCUCACACCCUCACUGCUUCCUGGCAUGAUUAACAUGGCGCAGUGCAUAUUUCCUCUAAUUUUGAGAUGUAUCCAAUCUGAGAUAUGGGUGGGUUUUGGGGGAAUUACUUUUCCAUUCUUUUUUUGUCAUUAAAUGUUUAACUAUC